UUUGCAGAGCGCAGUUGUUCCCCAUCCAGUUAGGUGUUUGUUAUCCUGAGCGCGAGUGAGAGCGCGAGGAGAAGGAAGUGAAGGACUGACGGAGGGACUAUCUUCUGCGAUCGGUGUGCGUCGCGGGGGAUCGUUUUGACUGGCUGAUUUUUUGCCUGACAGUUAUAUUUAGUUGCAGCGGUUUACUUUAUUUUUCAUAUUUGACAGAGAAGUUCGGGAAAAUGGAUGUUUUACCUAUGUGCAGCAUCUUUCAAGAACUUCAAAUAGUUCACGACACGGGCUAUUUCUCAGCCUUACCGUCCCUUGAGGAGUACUGGCAGCAGACCUGUUUGGAGUUGGAGCGCUACCUACAGAGUGAGCCUUACGUCUCCACGUCCGACCUGAAGUUCGACGGCCAGGAGGAUCUCUGGAGCAAGCUGAUCUUAGCCUGCGGGGACAAGGCCAAGGUCGAGUCUGACCCCAAGUUGCCCCCGGCCCAUGAGGAGGACAAUCAGGACAGCCAACUGUUGGACAACAACAGCGUGACCUCGGACGCCAGCAGCGAGGCUUCAGACAGUUCUGAGGAGCUCUCGCCUAUGCACAGCUUUACCUCCAACCCUCUAGGGUCGGUCUUGGUAGGCUCUGGACCUUUUAGCCCCUCGGUCAUUAGCACCCCGCCGUCGUCUCCAGAGGCCAGCCCGGAGGCCGGCGCCCAGAUGAACGGCUGGGUGGCCAAGCACGCUGAGCUGCACUUGCCGGUGAAAAUCCGGAGCGGCGGCGUGGCGAAGAGCUUGGAAAAGACGGGACUCAUCUGCGGGGACACGUCCCCGGACAGCCGGAGGCGGGUGCAUAGGUGUCACUUCAAUGGGUGUUACAAGGUUUACACAAAGAGUUCGCACCUGAAAGCCCACCAGCGCACUCAUACAGGUGAGAAACCAUACAGGUGUUCGUGGGAAGGCUGUGAGUGGCGCUUUGCACGAAGCGACGAGCUGACCAGACACUUCAGGAAGCACACCGGGGCAAAGCCAUUCAAAUGCAGUCACUGUGACAGAUGUUUCUCCAGGUCCGACCAUCUGGCUCUCCACAUGAAGAGGCACGUCUGAAGAGGACCGAGGAGCGACAUCAAAGGGGAAAUCUUUGUUUUUCUUAAAGUGGGAAAACAAACAAACGAACAAAUGAACGAACGUUGCAUCUCCCGGCCCGUCUCGAGGUUGAACUGUCCCAGAGUGGCGGGGGUGUUCCAGCCAAAGCAUGCCGUUUUGCACCGAACUGAAACCCAGUGCCUCCUGGACGUCUCUUCGGAGGGAGGCGCUCUGACGGUCAGCUGACGUAUGAGGACACAAAUCAUCGAUGAGGAGGAUGAGUUCUUCAUCCAAGGACUUAAACACAUUAAAAAAAAAAAAAAAAAAAAA